GCGCCUGUGUCACGGGGUAGCGGGGGCUCGGCCCGGUGGCUGGUGCCGGACUGUGCCCGCACCCCGCCGGGGCGAAGGCGGCGGUGACGCUGCCCGGCCUUUGUCGGGGCCGGCAGGGGGGUGAGCGGCCUUCCCUUUCCUGACAUGGUGUGAGGUGCCCGCCGGGUGGCUGCUCGGCGCCCCCUGGUUUCCUCAGCCCCAGCCCUCCGGUGUGGUGCUCAGCGAGGCGCUGUGGGCGCCAGGCUGGCCCCGGCUCCCCUCCUGCCGCGAUAGGCCGCUAGAGCGGCGGUCCGGCUGGCCUGGGGUCCGCGCCCGCUCCGGGUGCCUCCGGCCAGGCAGGGGCUUUGCACGGCCAAAGGUUAAAAUGAAUGUUGGUGUCCCAGAUAAUUGGCAUAUUGGGGAGAAAUGCCUUGCCCCUUGUCUUGAAAAUGGGAAACUUCAUGAAGGAACAAUAUCCUCUAUUGAAAAGGACAAGAAUGGAAAAUCAUUUGCUGUUGUAUCAUUCUCGGAGUCUGAAGAAAGGAAAAUAUUAAUAACUAAACUUUGUAGAGUCAAAGACAGAAGAGAACCCUGGAAAAGCUCAAUAUUUGAUGAUGGUGAUCUGGAAAAGCCUUGUUUUCCUGGCCAAAAUCUUCCGUCUCCUGCAGUUGCUUUUAAAUUAUCUGACAAUGGUGAUUUUAUUCCAUAUACAAUUAACAGAUACCUGCGUGAUUAUCAAAGGGAAGGAGUCCAAUUUCUGUAUGGACAUUAUGCUAAUAAAAGGGGGUGUAUUCUUGGAGAUGAUAUGGGCCUUGGAAAGACAAUACAGGUCAUUUCGUUUUUGGCUGCAGUAUUGCACAAAAAGGGAACACGUGAAGAUAUUGAAAAUAAUAUGCCAGAAUUUUUACUGAGGACAAUGAAAAAAGAACCAAAGUGUAACCCCAAGAAGACUUUCCUCAUAGUGGCCCCUCUUUCAGUGCUGUACAACUGGAAGGAUGAGUUAGACGCAUGGGGAUACUUUAAGAUCUCUGUCUUACAUGGCAGUAAAAAAGAUGAUGACUUGAGUCGCAUCAAGCAAGGGAAGUGUGAAGUUGCCCUUACAACAUAUGAGAUACUUCGCCUGUAUUUGGAUGAAUUUAACAGUGUAGAAUGGUCUGCUGUAAUAGUGGAUGAAGCACACAGAAUCAAGAAUCCAAAGGCUCAAAUAACUCAAACCAUGAAGUCAUUAAAAUGCAGUGUUCGCAUUGGCCUUACUGGAACCAUUCUUCAGAACGAUAUGAAGGAACUUUGGUGUGUUAUGGACUGGGCUGUACCAGGACUUUUGGGUAGCAGAGCACACUUCAAGAAGAAGUUUUCUGAUCCAGUGGAGCAUGGCCAGAGGCACACUGCAACUAAAAGAGAGCUAGCAACAGGUCGUAAGGCCAUGGUGGAGCUAGCAAGAAAAAUGUCUGGCUGGUUUCUGAGGCGAACCAAAGCACUUAUCAGUGAUCAGUUGCCAAAAAAGGAAGACAGAAUCGUGUACUGUUACCUGACCGAAUUCCAGAAAGCAGUGUACCAGGCUGUGCUAGAGACAGAGGAUGUGAGCUUAGUAUUACAAGCAGGAGAGCCCUGCAGCUGCAACAGCGGCCGUAAAAGAAAGAACUGUUGUUACAAAGAAAAUGCUUAUGGUGAAACAAUUAAGUCACUGCGCUUCAGUUACCUGACAAUCCUACAGAAGGUUGCAAAUCAUGCUGCACUGCUGCAGACAGACAACACUAGCAAGCAGCAGGAAGCACAUAUCAAACGGGUGUGCAGCCAAGUGUUUUCCAGUUUUCCAGAUUUUGUGCAGUUAAGCAAAGAUGCAGCUUUUGAAACAAUUUCAGAUCCAAAGUACAGUGGAAAAAUGAAGGUCCUUCAGCAGCUUUUAAAUCACUUCCGAAGAAACAAGGAUAAAGUUCUUCUUUUCUCCUUUUCCACAAAGUUGCUGGAUGUGCUGGAACAAUACUGUAUGGCGUCUGGGCUAGAUUACCGAAGACUUGAUGGAAAUACGAAAUCAGAAGAUAGAAUGAGAAUUGUAAGAGAGUUCAACAGCAUUCAAGAAAUUAACAUAUGUCUUGUAUCUACAAUGGCUGGUGGACUAGGUCUUAAUUUUGUUGGUGCCAAUGUUGUUAUAUUGUUUGAUCCUACAUGGAACCCAGCAAAUGAUCUUCAAGCUAUUGACAGAGCUUAUAGGAUUGGCCAAUACAAACCUGUUAAAGUGUUUAGACUGAUAUCCUUGGGAACUGUGGAGGAGAUGAUGUACUUGCGGCAAGUUUAUAAACAGCAACUUCACUGUGCGGUGGUUGGAAGUGAAAAUGCCAAGCGGUAUUUUGAGGCAGUGCAAGGAUCAAAGGAACAUCAAGGAGAGCUUUUUGGGAUCCAUAACCUUUUCAAACUCAGGACUCAUGGGUCCUGUCUUACCAAAGACAUCCUGGAGAGGGAAGGGCAAGUAGAAGCAGGAGUCAUAACAGCAACUACGUGGCUAAAGGAAGAGACUUCUCCAUGCAGCUCAGAAAAGUAUGAACAACCAGACUGUAGAGAAGAUAGAAAUUCCGAAAGCAUUCAGGCACAUUUAAUAAGAGAAGAAACGGACUUUUGUGAUGACUUUAGUGAUGAUGAUAUUCUGGAAACUUCCAUGAAAAAAUGUGACAGAAGGAAGCCUUGCAAUGCAAAUAAUUCAGUGGUGACCAAGGGACAGCUUUCCUUAAUGCAGUGUGGAUUCUCUAAGUUGUUGCAGAGAGAAGUUGGAACUACCAAAGAAGAGGAGAAUAAUUACAACUCUCAUCAUUCCAGUUCUGAUGAUCAGACUUUAAGAACAAAUGUCAAUAGCAAGCACAGUGAUUUUCAGAAAUGUCAAAGCCAUGUGUCUGUUUUGGAGCAUGGGAACACUGCUCCGUCACCAGAUGGAACUGAUAAACAAAAUAUGCGUAGUACAGACUGGCUUGUUUUAUCAGGCUCUGAGGAGGAAGGGGACGUAGAAAGUGAUGAUCAAGGCAUUUCAAAGCACAGUGAUACAGUCAUGGAUAUUGAAAACAGUUCUGAAGAUGAUGAUGAUGUCAUCUUUCCUACCCAAGUUUCAGCAUGCCAGCAACCACUGCUUAGUAAAAAAGUUGAAUUAUGCAGGUCACCAUCUGUAAAUUUUGAAGAGUUAGCAAAAGAAAAACAGGGGUUUGUAUUUAAGGAAGACAGUAGGCAGUUUGGAUUCCAUAACAGUGAGUCAAAUUUCAGCAAAACUAUGUCUUUUGAAGACAUCAAGAACAGCACAAGAGAAUUGAAAGGAGCAAGUGACAUAAGUGAUGAGUCCGAUGAUAUUGAGAUUUACCAUAAUUCUAAAUUGAGAAAGUCAAGAACUUUUAGCUUUCCGAAAUGGAAAGAAAGAUAUGCCCAUAACAACAGACAAGAUAAUGUCUCAAAACCUCAGCUACAAACAAAGAAGCCCAAUAAAAAAGAAAAGGAAAGUGAUUCUCAGAAUAUAGAUGAAUUUUCAUCCUCUGAAGACAACUUGCCAGGUGAGAAAACACAUGCCAGAAAGCAAAACUAUACGCAUAAAAACCAGAGAGACAGAGUUCGGUUUGGGCCUAAAAUACUCUAUCGUAUUCAAGAUACCUCUGUUGCACAAAUGAAAUCUAGCAGUUACACUGUGUGUAGAACUUCUGCAAGUAAAACUGAAUUUGAACAUCAAGAGCAGAAAGUGGAAUCAAUGGACAGAUAUUUAGAUGGUGUCCCAGAAGUGGCAUAUAUUCAUUCAAAUCAGAAUGUGGUUGGAUCCAGCAAGGCUGAGAAUCACUUGAGCCGGUGGGCAGUACGAGAUGUAUUUGAGUUGAAGCAGUUUUCCCAGCUCCCUGCUAAUGUAGCAGUCUGUAGUGCCAAGCCACAGAGGAUGGGAGGAGGAGAAGGCUCAAGUGGAGGUCUAAUAAAUUACUUUUGUGAUUUGGUUUUUGGAGUGGUUUUUACAUUGGCCAGCUCUGAAAGAGCUGGGAAUUACGCAGCACAGCACCCUCUGUGGGAUUUUUCUGUGAGAGAAAUGGUAGGAUUAGAGAUUGGGUGUUUGAAAUCAAAUUCUAUGCUAUGUUUUUCUGAUUUGAGGCUUGAAAAAACAAGUUUUCUCAACUUAGAUCCACUUAACAAAAAUCCAGUUGCCACAGUACAUGCUGGAAUCUCUGUAGCAUAGAAAGUCAAACAUAAAUCAGUUUGCAGGUUUUCCUUGGGGGGGCGUGGAUGGGGGGAACAAAGGGGACAGAUGCAGAUUUAGUAUAAGUAAAAUUGUCUAUGCUUAAUGUCUGAAAUGUAAAACUAGAGUUUACUGGGAGUGCUCAUUUUCAGCAACAGAUACGUUUUAUGCUUUUCGUUGGUCAUGCAUCUUGUUUAAUUACAUUUAGAAUACAUACAAAUCUGGAAUAAAUUCAGGUACAGCUUUCAGAUUUUUGUUCUUAUUACAUAGUGGUUUUAAUCUACUCUGAUUAUCUGGACACUUUGUUGUUUGCCUUGUAAUAAACAUUUGCAGUUUCCUACACUGAUUCUUAAGAUAAACCACAAGCGUAGAGUAAGUAAUUGGUGAGUGUGCAGUUUAGUCUUUACAAACAUGUUAGCAAUCACUAUAGAAAUUGUAGACAUACGACUGUUUUUCUGGGGUGCCAAACAUCCACCGUGGGUAGAAGAGUUUCUUCCAGUGUUGUUGAUGUACUGUAU